AGUGAGGGGGGUGCAUCGCUGCGACUCUUCUUCUUCUUCGCUGAAUCCGUCAUCCUCCGAUCAUCUUGGAGUUUUCCGAUUACCUCUCUCUCUCUCUCUCUCAUUCUCAUUCUCAUCAUGCGUUUGCUUCUUCUCUCCCUUCGCCGUGUAACUCCACUCUCGAGGCAUCAACGAUACGCUUUCGCUCCUAUUCAUAAUUGUUUGAUCUCAAUCAAUCCCAGCUCGCCUUCUUCAUCCCUUGUUUUCUCGGUUUCUUCCUUCUGUUCGUCUCCACAUUCCAAUGGAGAUGGAAAGAUUGCAGGGCCGUUAGUGGAGUAUGAACGCAGAAUCGUAGCUGGAGAGUUAUUGGAUGGAGAUUUAUGUCAGCUAGGUACUUUAAGAGAACUUCAGAGACUCUACGACGAGCUUGUUCAAUCUGCUGAUGCUUGUCGAUUGGAUCGUUAUUCUGCAUCUGCAAAAUCCACUAGGACUAAUUGGUUCUGGAACAAAUUUGUGUCUCACUCUUCUGUCUCUCCUGUCAAAGGCUUAUACUUGUAUGGAGGAGUAGGAACUGGAAAGACAAUGCUCAUGGACUUGUUUUUUCAUCAAUUGCCAGGUAGCUGGAGAACACAAAGGAUUCACUUUCACAAUUUCAUGUUGAGUGUUCAUAGCCGCCUGCAAAAGCACAAGGGUCUUGAAGAUCCACUUGAAGUUGUUGGCCUGGAAAUAGCCGACGAGGCUAUAUUACUAUGCUUAGAUGAGUUCAUGGUCAAUGAUGUAGCUGAUGCACUGAUACUAAACCGUCUUUUUAGACACUUGUUUAACAAUGGCAUUAUUCUUGUUGCUACAUCAAACCGUGCUCCAGAUAAUCUCUAUGAAGGUGGUUUACAGAGGGACUUAUUCCUUCCGUUUAUUUCCACGCUAAAGGAAAGAUGUGUGGUUCGUGAGAUUGGCUCAUCGGUGGACUAUCGGAAAUUGACCUCUGCUGAAGAGGGAUUUUACUUCAUUGGGAAGGAUAUCUCUGGCCUUCUUAAACAGAAGUUUCAGCUAUUGGUUGGCGAUCAACCAGCCGGUCCUCAAGUGGUUGAAGUAGUAAUGGGAAGGAAAUUGCAGGUUCCUCUGGCUGCGGAUGGAUGUGCCUACUUUCUUUUUGAAGAGCUGUGUGAUAGACCCCUAGGUGCAGCCGAUUAUCUCGGAUUAUUCAAGAAAUUUCAUACUUUGGCUCUGGAAGGUGUACCCAUCUUCGGGCUUCACAAUAGAACCGCAGCUUACCGUUUUGUGACCCUGGUUGAUGUAAUGUAUGAGACCAAGGCCAGGCUUCUAUGCACGGCAGAAGGUGGCCCUAUAGAACUGCUGGAGAGAAUAGUGACAAUCUCUGAUGCGCAGCAAAUAGCACCUAGAACAUCUUCAAGAUCAAGGAAGAGUGAUGAUCCCGACCUUUGUGUGGACAACGAGCUUGGUUUUGCUAAAGACCGCACCAUUAGCAGAUUAACGGAGAUGAACAGCAAAGAAUACUUGGAACAACAUUCCAGAAUGUUGCAGGAGAAGCAGCCUUCUUCUUAGUAUUAUUACAAUGUGAUUAGAGAUGCUGUUAAACCUGUUGGAACCAUUGUUACAGAACAAAAGGUCUCAUAAUGUAUUUAUUCUCUGUGUUUGAGCACAGACCCAUAUUUUUCUUGCAAGUUGAUCA